UUAGACUUUGUUCCUAUCCCGUGUAUAAAGGACACCUUGUGUUUCACCAGCCACUUUGCCUUCGAGGGAAGCGUGGAUGCAGGGAGUGACCUUGAAUCCUGGGUGGCCUACCUGAAGCAGAUUGGCAGGCAAUGAUGUUACCUUAUGGAAGAGAGAGUCCAGUCCAAUGCCGCCGACCUACAGGAGGAGGAAGGGUCUUGCGGGCACCACCGUAUUCCUACUGCCCCAGCCCCCAAGCUCUACAGAGGAUCCCUGACCCUAGAGCAUAUCUGUUCCCCACAGUCAGUACUGUGAGUCAUCUGGACCAUGAGUACCUUUGCCCAGGUUCUCCUGGGAAGUUGUCUGAAACCAUGGAGAAGUAUGAACUGGACACUCAUUCCUCCAAGCCAUGGAAGAGCCCCCACACAGGCUUGGACGAAGGGCAGAAACCAGCACUUGGAAGAUGGGCAAGGACCAAAUCCAUCCUCAACUCCAUUCUCAAGGUGCCUCUGAUGUUUGGCUUUUUGUACCUGUUUGUGUGCUCCCUUGAUCUGCUGAGCUCUGCUUUCCAGUUGGCAGGAGGUAAAGUAGCCGGGGACAUUAUCAACGACAGCGUCAUCCUCUCCAACCCAGUGGCAGGGCUUGUGGUGGGAAUCCUGGUCACCGUCCUGGUUCAGAGCUCCAGCACCUCCUCCUCCAUCAUCGUCAGCAUGGUCUCCUCGGGGCUGCUGCAGGUACAUUCCGCCAUCCCCAUCAUCAUGGGUUCCAACAUUGGCACUUCAGUCACCAACACCAUUGUGGCACUGAUGCAGGCCGGUGACAGAGAUGAAUUUAAGAGGGCCUUUGCAGGGGCCACCUUACACGACUGCUUCAACUGGUUGUCAGUGCUGGUUUUGCUGCCUCUUGAAGUGGCCAGUGGCUAUCUGCACUACAUCACCACGGUGACUGUGGCAACUCUCAACUUCCCCAGUGGACAGGACGCUCCAGAGCUUCUGAAAGUAAUCACAAAGCCCUUCACUAGCCUCAUUAUCCAGCUGGAUAAGUCGGUGAUUACAGGCAUUGCUACAGGUGAUGAGAGUUUGCAAAACAAGAGUCUGAUCAAGGUGUGGUGUAAAGCAUCAGCUCCACAGAUUUCUUCCUUGAGCACUAGAGGAAGGUUCCUGAACUGCAGCUCCCGUGCCCUAUGCAGCCUGGACAGUGUUGGGAACCUCAGCAGGGCUGUGAAAGAGAAAUGCCAUCACCUAUUUGUGGACACCUCUCUGCCAGACUUGGCUGUGGGCCUCCUGCUGCUGGCUGCCUCACUCAUUAUGCUGUGCACCUGCCUGAUCAUGCUGGUCAAGAUGCUCAACUCUGUGCUCAAAGGCCAUGUGGCCACAGCAAUCCAGAAGGUCAUCAACACAGAUCUGCCAUACCCUUUUGGCUGGGUUGCUGGCUACUUCGCCAUGCUUGUUGGUGCUGGAAUGACCUUUAUUGUACAGAGCAGCUCAGUCUUCACUUCAGCUAUCACACCACUUAUCGGCCUUGGGCUGAUUAGCUUGGAACGUGCUUAUCCACUCACCCUUGGUUCCAACAUCGGAACAACCACCACAGCUAUCCUAGCUGCCCUGGCAAGUCCAGGAGACAAGAUGGCCAGUGCCUUCCAGAUUGCUCUUUGCCAUUUCUUCUUCAACAUCUCUGGAAUCUUACUGUGGUAUCCCUUGCCUUGCACCCGUCUGCCCAUUCAGAUGGCCAGAGCACUAGGUGAGCAGACGGCCAAAUACCGCUGGUUUGCCAUCUUCUACCUAUUCAUCUGCUUCCUGCUAUUGCCGUUGCUGGUUUUUGGACUCUCCAUGGCAGGAUGGCAGGUCCUGGUGGGCGUGGCAGCCCCUUUCCUGUGCCUCCUGGCUUGUGUGACCUUUGUCAAUGUCAUGCAGUCACGAAGUCCCGACCGACUGCCCCGGUGGCUCCAGAGCUGGGACUUCCUGCCGUACUGGAUGCACUCCUUGCAACCCAUGGAUGAGCUGAUCACUAGGACCACACUGUGUUGUGCUGGUCGCCGCUCAAGCAGCCAAGAAGAACAGAGUGAUUUAUCUCCUCAGAUUAAAGCCAGUCUCUCAAUCACCUCCUUAGAGGAAUUGUCACUACCACCAAGGCUGUCUCCCCAACUAAAUUCACCACCAGUGCAAAAUGCUACCCACCUGUAACCUGUGUUGGAACAUAACCUCAUUGCUGCCUGCAGAUAGUGGUGCUCAGUAGAAAAGCAAUGGUAGACCUGACCUCUGAAAACCAAAAAGUGCACCUGCCAC